GCCAUGUUCGUAACUAACAGAACCUCUAGUGCUCCGCGUCAUGCCGGAUGACAACAGCUGCAUGUUUACCGCUUUCGGGGGUGCCAUUGGCCUAGAGAAUCCAUCCAAGACCCUCCGAGACCAGGUAGCCGAUUACAUCCUGAACCAUCCCAAUGAGUACAACAAGGCCAUUCUCGGGGAAGAACCCCUCGUUUAUACGAGUAGGAUGCGCCAAAUGGACACCUGGGGUGGAGCCAUCGAGCUCUCCAUUCUCUCUCACAUAUACAAUAUCGAGAUCAGCUCAAUCGACGUCAAAUCGCUUCGCGUGGACCGCUUUGGUGAGAACAAGCCCAACCGCGUUAUCAUCCUCUACUCGGGCAUACACUACGACAGGAUAGCGUUUUGCAUGGAUCUAAGCUACCCUGUCGAGGUGGAUGUGACGCGGUGGUCGACCGAUGAUGAGGAAGUUCUGGACAAGGCACGCCAGUUAGCCCAGAGGCUUCAAAGCUUGCACUACUACACCGACACAACUGACUUUGUCAUCAAGUGUGAGCUGUGCCACUGGAUUGGACAGGGCACACGGGAGGCGGCCAAGCACGAAAGGGAGACGGGACAUAGACAGUUCGGGGAGCUGCAGAUUACCGACUGAGCUCGUGCCCGGGCCUCGUGUGAAGCAUCAACUACACAUGAAGCAGCGAUCAUUCGCACAUUCUCACAUGUUCUCUGAGUAUCCGAGAAUAGAAGCAGUCUUG